AUGCCAACGCUGGCACCGGCGCUUCGCGCUUUGCGCGAGGACGGGGCCUUCUCCUUGGCCUCCGCCCGGGUCCGCGAGGCCUCGGAGGAGGCGUACCAGGCGCCCCUCUUCGACGAGUUUGUGAUCUGCAACGAGGGCUCCAUCGAGUUCCUCCAUGGUGAGGAACGCUUGAGGCUGCAGGAGGGUGAGGCGGUCUUCCUGCCCAAGUCUUUGCGUGUGAAGUGGAUCUGGCCGCAGGCCACGAGGUACACGGUGCUGUGCUUGCCCGCCUUCUCCCCGGAGCUCUCCGGCCGGGAAGCGGAGGAGGGCGCCACCGUGGCCAAGGACAGCAAGUCCAUGGAAAGGCUGGAAGCUUUGCAUGCCAAAGUGGAAGGGGCCUGA